AUACGCACGAAAAAGUCUGUAAAAAUAGGACAUUUUGCAUAAAAUUAACUUAUUAAACGUAUGAGUAUCGUAUGAGUAGCCUGUCGCUGGCGUAUGCAAGCGUAUGAAUAGCUUACGAGAAGCGUUUGAAAUGCGCAUGUCAAGCAUACCAAUGGCGUUUCACAGACUUUAAUCGUAUAUAAGCGGCAGUAUUUUCACACGGCUCCAUUCGAGAAAAUGUCAAACCUCCAGUGAAAAAAGAAGAAGACACCAUGGCAAAUACGAAGACAUCAUCUACCCGCGGACGAAGGAAAGGAAAGAGGACUCCAUCAUCAGCCGUUGCCAAAGCUGACGAACAACGUGUUUGUGCACCUGCAGAUGUAGUUGAACCACCUGAUGAUGAUGCACUUAUUCCUGAAACAUCUUUAAAUAAUGCGCAACAUGUUCCUGAGCUCUCAAAGUCCCCAACACAACCUUCCUAAGACUCCCAUAAUUCAUUGGCUUUAUCAUCUGAAACCAUUGAUGACUUUACUUCCUUCCGGCGGGCUGAUAGCAAGGAGAAAAAUAAGAGGAAGAGGGCGAAAAAAAACCCCUACAACCUCAGCGCCACAGAAGAGGAGCUGAUGCUGGAGUUUAUCAUGGACAAUCCUGUGCUGUGGAAUGUGAAGAUGACAGAUUAUAGGCGAAAAGACAAGAAAGAGAAGAUCUGGGAAGAGCAAGCACAUCAGAUGAAUAAGACUGUUGACAUCCUCAAGGGCUGGUUCAGAUCGCUGCGCGACACCAAUACGCGCCUUGACAAAAAGAAAAGCGGGGAUAGUGCUCCAAACCUGACUAAGAGAGAACAGUGGAUCCUCUCAAAGUUUGCCUUCCUGAAGACUGUCACUCGCCACCGACCGGAGCCCAUGCAGAGUGUGAAGGAAACCAUCCAGCUUCACAGAGGAGAUCUCAAUGCUGCCGAGAGUGCCUGCGCUGAUAUGCAGGAUGUCUUAGAUGAAGUCACUCCAAUACCAUCAUCUACCGCUGGAAGGUCCCACAAGCGACCUCAGGACACAGAGAGUGACGUCCUUGAGACUCUACAGAAGAGAGUUGCUGAGUCUGGCACCAUCCUCAAAGACAUCUACAAAGCUAAACAACAGCCCAUUACAGCACGAAGUGUCUUUGCAAAUUAUGUUAAAGAGAGCCUUUUGACUAUGUCCAAGUCCAAGUACAAGAAGGCAAGGUCCUCCAUCAAUAGGUUAUUGUCUGAACUCAUGGAUGAGGACAGCGAUGAUGAAUUUCCAAGUGCAAUGGCGGCUCCAUCUAUCAAAGUGAACCAACAAGGGAUCCCUUCUCAACCACCCCACGAUUUGCACCCCACUACAAAGUCACCCGAACAUUACUAGUCUUUCAGGAUUUCGAGACAUCAUGGAAUCUACUGAUGAUAUUGGAUUUCAGGAUGAGGUUCUCAACCUUCAACCACCAACGUGAAAGAAGUAUUGACUAUAGACCACGGCGGCUGUAUGGCUUCAUCAUUGUCUCUCGGAGGGCAAAGGCAUCGUCACCUACAAAGAAGUAGGGGACACUCUGAUAGUCAUUUGGUAAAGCAUCGGGGAUGGGGAAUCCUAUAGUUCCGUCUUCUGUUAAUUCUUUGAUUUCAGAGUUGUUGUAGAUCUGUGCGUCCGAUGAUGACCCUUUACCACCGAGGUCUGCCCAGAUGAAUUUAUAAUCUGCGUCUACAAGGCCCAUGAGUACAACAGAGAAGAAUCCCUUUUAGUUGAAAUAUUGGGAUCCACUUUUUGGUGGACAUUUGCAGGCAAUGUGCUUUCCAUCUAUAGCACCACAUGUAUGGGGGAAGUUCCACCUCUUGAGGAACUUAUCAGAUAUGGCACGCCAUCCCUCUGGCGUGGUAGGGCAGGUCAUUACUUCGGACAUGUAUUCGUCGAUGAUGGCUUGGCAAACCUCUCUGACAAUAAGUGACUGGGUGUUGUGGGGGACCCUCCAUCCGUACUU